AUGGAAGAAGCGGGAGGAAAAGGGACUCUUUUUUUUCUCUCCUCCCCCUUAAUUUUUUUUUCCUCGUUUCACCUUCACUUCUCGUUGCUUAAGCUGCCCACCUCCAACUCUGUUGGAGACUCUUGGCUCUCUUUCUCGUCUCCUUCUCUUUCAUUUCUAUCUGCCUAUCUAAUACCACUCGUCUUCCUUCUUAUAUCUGUUUCGCUUUAUUUUACUCUCACACUCUCUACACCCCCCUCUCUUAGACCCUCUUUCUUUCUACUUCUCUUUCCAUCUCCCUCCUUCUGCGCAGAAUCGCUGGUAGAUCGUGAAUGUAGGUAUGAAGAAGAAGAGAAAUACAUUAUGGUAAGGCUGCCCAGGCCCUUAACAGCAAACCUUUCUUUCUUUCUAUCUUUCUUUCUUUCUAUCUUUCUUUCUUUCUUUUAUUUACCUUCAUUUGUUAAAAAAUAUUAUAUCCCUUAUUUUUGA